AGGCCUAACACUGGACUCUAUUAGCCUCAAUCUGUGAUGGGACAGUGGCCGCUUCCUGAAAUAACACUCUCAACUUUUCCCAAGACAUACAAGGAAGAGGAGAUGUGAUUCCAUGGAAUUGGGAAAUUACACCAGAGUGAAAGAGUUCAUAUUUCUGGGGAUCACUCAGUCCCGAGAGCUGAGCUGGGUCUUAUUUCUGCUUUUGUCUUCGGUGUACAUCACGACCCUGCUGGGAAACCUCCUCAUCAUGGUCACCGUGACCUGCGACUCCCGCCUCCACACCCCCAUGUACUUCCUGCUCCGGAACCUCUCCGUUCUUGACAUCUGCUUCUCCUCCAUCACGGUUCCCAAGGUCUUGGUGGAUCUUUUGUCAAAGAAAAAGACCAUCUCCUAUGUAGGCUGCAUGACCCAGAUGUUUUUCUUCCACCUCCUUGGUGGGGCGGACAUCUUUUCUCUCUCUGUCAUGGCCUUGGAUCGCUACGUGGCCAUCUCCAGGCCCCUGCACUACGUGACCAUCAUGAGCAGGGGGCGCUGCGCGGCCCUCAUCGCGACCUCCUGGCUGGGCGGCUUUCUCCACUCCAUCGUGCAGAUUUCCCUCUUGCUCCCUCUCCCCUUCUGCGGGCCCAACGUCCUUGACACUUUCUACUGCGAUGUCCCGCAGGUCCUCAAGCUGGCCUGCACUGACACCUUUGCUCUGGAGAUCCUGAUGAUUUCCAACAAUGGCCUGGUCAGUACUUUCUGGUUUUUCCUUCUCCUUGUGUCCUACAUGGUCAUCCUGGCUAUGCUGAGGUCUCACACGGGCGAGGGCAGGAGGAAGGCCAUCUCCACCUGCACCGCCCACAUCACAGUGGUGACCCUGCACUUUGUACCCUGCAUCUACGUCUAUGCCCGGCCCUUCACCGCCCUCCCCAUGGAUAAGCCCAUCCAUGUGACCUUCACGGUCAUCUCCCCGCUGCUGAACCCCGUGAUCUACACCCUGCGGAACCAGGAAAUGAAGGCAGCCAUGCAGAGACUGCAGGGGAGACUUGUCCCUUCUGAGAGGGAAUAG